AAUGUGUGCAUUAACCCCUUUGUUUCCGGUGUGUGAGUGGCCCCUAGAUGCUCCCAUCGGCCACAAUCAGAUCAGCAAUGGCUUUGUUACCCUCGAUGAUUUCCAUCAUUUUACACUCCCUCAUCUGCCUCAGCUCGACCUCGACCUCGACCGCUCCCUGUUGUUCACCGGAGACACCACUGGCGACGACGACAACAACCCCGACGUUGUCAAGAAGCUUAAUCACAACGCCAGCGAACGUGACCGACGACGGAAAAUGAACACCUUAUACUCCACCCUUCGUUCACUGCUUCCACCAUCGGAGCAAUCGAAAAGGUUAAGCAUCCCGGCGACAGUUUCAGGGAUGCUGAAAUACAUACCGGAGUUACAAGCGCAAGUGGAGAAACUGAUUCAAAAGAAGGAACACAUUCUUUCAACCAUUUCCAGGCCAGAUGUCGAUCAUCAACAGCAAAGCAAAAGAAAAAUGUUGGAGGGAUUUAAAUCAGACUCGCCGUUCACAGUUUCUGUCAGUAAGGUCAGUGAAACGGAAAUCGCGAUUCAGAUUUCAACACUCGCGGCGGCGGCUCAGACUCCGCCGUUGUCGACUGUCUUGCUCGGUUUAGAAGACGACGGACUGUUCCUAAUGGACUCUUCUUGCUUCGAGUCAUUUGGUGGACGAAUCUUCUACAACUUGAACUUUCAGGUGGGAAGAACAUACAAUUUGGAAGCAAUGGUUUUGGUUUUGAACGACAAGCUUUUGUCCUUGUAUGGGAAAAGGGAACCUUGAUUGCAUUUUCUUAUUA